GGAAGCGGAGUGUGUGGUGAUGGCGGGAUAUUUUGCAGAGCGAUAAGCCGGGCUGUUCAAGUUCGCUUGGGGAUGACUCGCCGUGCUCUGAAGUUUCCGUCCUUUGAGGAGGGAGCGGCCUCCAGGGGCACAGAGGGGACCCAUGGUGACAGAAAGCAACAUAUAACAGAUUUCUUUAAACCAACUUGCAAACCAGAUGACCUUUGUUCUGCACUUAAAAACUUCAUUGGCAAUAAGGACUUAAAACUACAGACCCAAGAUAUUAACUCCUAUGAUUUCAAUAAAAUUCCACCACUCAAAAGACGGAGGAAAAGCCCAGCACAGUCACCCAGCAAAAGACCCAUCAUAGAAGCCCUUCUAAAAAGAGACAAUCAAACAAUUGUAAGAAACUUUAAGGCUUUUUGUGCAAAAUGUGGCAUGAAUGUACUAUCUCCUAAGGUGGUGAUUGAAAGACUAACUUUACCCGUCAGCACACUAGUUCAUUUAAAAGAAGGGUUUAAAAAAUGCUCUGAAAGUACAGAGAUUGUCACCCUAAGCCCUUCGUCCUUUAAAAGUUUACAAUCUAAAAAUGUAAGACCACUGUCAUUUCCUGGAAAAUCUCAUAAUCAGCAAUUUUUUGAUGAAAGGAGCCAAAUUCCAGUAAGUGGACAAAAAGGUCAUGGUCCUCAGCAACCGUAUACCUUAGUAGACUCCAGUGGACCCCAUAACCGGUCCCAUGGAGGAAUAACAAAGAAGAAAAGCACUCAUCUGGCAGUUAGUCUGGGGAAAACAAAGGGACAUGAAUUUCUUUCAAAGGUGAAUGGAUCAUCUGUAAGUAACAGGGAAACUUCAAAUGUCAAAACUACUUUAGAAUCUGAAGAGGCAAGCAGCAGUGAUUUAGAAUCUGAAUUUCCUCUCCUUCCAAUGAGACCUGCCACUUCAGAAUCCAAGAAUUCUGACUGCUCUACAUCGAACAGUCCUUUUAAUGGCUCAAAAAAAGUCUUACAGCGAAUUCACCGGGAUAGUGUGGACAGUGAUGAAUCAUUUCAUGCUCUUUCAUUAAGCACUGAUGAAGAAGAGGAGGAGACACUCAAACCUCUUGAUGAGAUUAUUAAAAUUACAGCAGAGCCUGUGCCAGCUACCCCACAGGGAGCAGACUUGUCCUUGCUUUCUCUAUCACAGUCACCAAUCCACGAUACUCCGGCAAAUAACAGGUUAAAGGAACUUUUACAAACUCCUUUCUAUGAUAACAAUCUGGAGUGUCUAGUAAAAGAGAAAGAGGAGAGCGAAAGAAUCGAUGCAAUAGAGAAGCAGCUUCACAAAGACCUAGAGAGAGGACAGGGAGUGGCUGAUGAAAAAGUGAUGGACAGUGAACAGGAUGGAGAACUUACUGACGAACACAGGGACCUCUUGAAGAAAUUUUCAGUUGUCACAAAUGCAAUACCAGAUCACCAUCCAGGAGAGGAAAUCUUCCAUUUGCCUGAAUCAGGAAAGAUCUUUAACAUUCGUACUCUUAACUUGCAACAUUUACAGUUCAACUCUGGUGGCAACUCUGAAGAAAUGAUCAUAUUCAGCUGCAGUCCUGGAAAUCAGCUUAUGUUGGCCACAGAAGGAUUCCUCACUACAUUGUAUCAGUUUAAGAAAUGCCCUGAGGUACUAAUGAGAUGGAUGUUUCAGAUGGUAUCUAUUCAUCCAUCUUAUGCCACGUCUAUUAAACUUUUAAAUGCUUUGAUUGAAAUGACGUGUAACCAUCUUACAAAUCUUGAAGAAAAGCCCUGGGUUCCUACUUUACUGGACAUAGCAACUGUGUUUGCCAACAUGGGGAUUGCCUUCAAAACUCUUUUUUCUCUUCUACACAUUCAGCCUUCUUUCAAAGACUUUGACUUAGUAUCUGCAGUACCUGGAUCGGUGUCAACAGAAAAGGGAACUUUGUGCACAGAACAAAUUUUUUCUCGUGUUCCAGCAUCUCAGAUAGCUCAUGUAAUUAAGUUUUUAGGCUUGUGUACAGCAGUCUACAGGGAGAGCUAUGAGGACCUGGAAAUCCUUGCACUAUUGGUGAUGCUUUUAAAAAAUGCAUCUGGAGAAAGAACUAAAGGACAUUCCUGUGAUGGACUUGCAUUGUCUCAUUGCAAAUCUCCUUCAAAACAUCAAGACAUGGGAAACUAUGAUGCCGGAACUGUGCUUUGCUAUGAGCGAACUUUCCAGUCAUCAUCAUAAUUUCCUAAAGCUGCUACAGCUUGUACCUACCUUUGAGAUUCGUGGCAGAGAACUAAGAAGACACGUCAGCCUUAUUUUCAUAUCCAAUAUCCAGAAUGGACACUGUACAGAUAUACCUCUGGAUUAUGCAUCUCGGAUGCUGCUGUUGUGUAAGUGUUUGUCCCAAAUGAAGCCAUCUUCUCUGGUGAAGAAAAUGCAGGCACUUCCAGAAAAUGAGUCAAAGACAUUGCUGGACAUGGAUCAGGAGGCAUAUUAUGUGACUUUCAGUCUUUUACACUUGGUCAAUGAUGCAAGCAGCUCAGAUGAACCUCUUUCAAUUCAGAGAGAAUACCUCUUGAAAUUAUGUACGGAGUUAGAAAAGCACAUCAAGAGUGAUAUCCGCGAAGAUGCAAGGUUUUUCUACAGGACAAAGGUAAAAGAUUUAGUGGCCAGAAUACAUAGCAGAUGGCAAGAAUUACUGCUUUACUCUCGACCAAGUCAGGGGAAACUACUUCAAUAUUGGGAGCCAACGAGUGACAGUUCAAGCCCUCCGGGUUCACAGGAAAGUGUUGAUGAAGCUUGCCUGGGAAAAGAGAUAAACAUUCCAGAAUGA